AUGUCGGCUGCCAACUAUCUGCCGACUGAAGAGCAGCUGUGGUGCUGCAUCUGCCUGGAAGUCUUCAACGAUCCCGUCACGAUACCGUGCGGACACAACUUCUGCAAAAUGUGCAUCAAGCAGCACCUGAACUCCAGGUCCCAGCGCCUGUGUCCCAUGUGUAACGAGCGCGUGGAUAGAAAAUGCAAGUUCGGAGUCAACCGUCUGAUAUCUGAGAUGACGGUUCAGUACAGACGGUCGGCCAGAGAAAAAGGCGGGAAGAGCUUGGGGCAACGAGUCGCCAAACCUGGAGAAGUUUCCUGUGACGUUCCCCCUGAAACUCGCCCGACGCCGUCCGUCUGGACCGCCCUGCGGUUCUGGUUUGUUGUAGCAUUCGGCCUGUUGUGUCUCACCGUCUGCUUCGCGGUGACCCAACAUCUUCAUCGAAUGGCUUCCGGCCUGAAAACUCAUCAGCUGUUUGACGCGGUGGAGAAGGCGGCGGGCGGCGUGUGUCCGAAGCACGGCCGACCUCUGGAGCUCUACUGCAAGGACGAACAGAUGCUCAUAUGUCAGUCCUGCGCCGACUCGAGUCACAGGUUUCACAACAUUGUUUCCCUGAGAGAAGAAUAUGUAGAAAAGAUCAAAGAUCUUCAGAAAAUACAGGCUGUGAUCCGGCAGACCAUCCAGGAGAGAGAGAUUAAAAUACAAGAGGUCCAACACUCGGUUUCGUUGAGCGUUGAAGCUGCAGACCGUCAGCUCGCCGAUGGAGGUCAGGUCUUCGCAGCUUUGAAGAAGACUGUGGACAAAAUCCAGGCCAGGGUCUUUAAGAUAAUCUCAGCGAAGCACCAAGCGAUCUUGAAUCAGGCCGAAGGUUUCAUCGAAGAGGUGGAACAGGAAAUCCACGAGCUGACGGAGAGGCGGGCCGAGGUGGAGCAGCUCUCACUCGCAGAAGACCACCUCCACUUCCUGCAGAGCAUCCCGUUCUUGAACAUGGCUCCUCUCGCCUACGACUUGCCGGACGUCCGCAUUUCUCCGGUGUCCUACGAGGGCAUCCUGAGGAUCUUCGUGAACCUCGUCGUGGUCCAGCUGAGAGAGACGGCCGAACACGAGAUGAGGAAGCUGGAGGAGCCGUGGAGAUUCAGCGGCAACGCGGUGGACGUGACUCUGGAUCCCAACACAGCUCAUCCCAAUCUCAUCGUGUCCGAUGGUGAGAAACAAGUAGACUACAGCGACGUGUGGAAUGAAGUCCCGUACGACCCGAAGAGAUUUGACCGUCUAAAUUGCGUAUUGGGAAAGCAGAGUUUCUUUCUUACGAAAUUUUACUUCGAUGUUCAAGUUACAGGAAAGAAUUCGUGGAUUUUAGGAGUGGCCAAAGAGUCCGUCCACAGGGAGGGUGUCGUCCAACGAAACACUGACAAUGGCUUCUGGGCUCUGUUUUAUUUGCAUGGAGGGCAGUACACUCCACUUACUGGCCGGCCGGAGCAGCUCACUGUGAGAGAAGAGCCUGACAGGGUCAGGGUGUUCGUGGAUUACCCAGAGGGUCUGGUCUCCUUCUAUAACGUAGAUUCGGCAGCUCUUAUUUACUCCUUCACGGGCUACUCCUUCACUGAGGGACUCCUCCCUUUCUUCUGCCCUUUACAUCAGGACUCCACCCUUCUGAUUCUAACAACUGACUAAUGUUUUUAAUACAGUCUCACAGAAGUUUGUGAAGUAGUCAUGAAACGCUGAUCUAUAGGACUUUCUUGGAUUCAUGUUCAUCCCCAAUGACACAACAGAUCAAAAAGACCAAUAGAUUGUGAUGUGUGACUAUUUCGCGACCUGCCAUGACACUUCUAUAUGUUCUGUGCUUUGGUUGCUAUGUUCAGCGGCUGCUAUUCAAAAAAUCCAUUGAUGAUGUGCUUGAUUUAAACUAAUUGCUCUCUAACUCUAUACAGUACUUCUGGGCUGCCAUCAUCCAACAAAUCCCACACUAGAUUGAAAUGCUUUAACAUGGUUGUGCUGAACUGACUGUCAAACUAAAUAUAUUAAAAGAAAUGCUGGGUUA